AUGUCCCGGCUGGUGCUCAAAGUUCCUAUUUUCCCGUCCGGGACUUUGGCGCGCGUGGGCACUGUGACCAUGCCUUCUCUGAGGGUCCAGGCUUUCCAAGAUCUGCAAAUCAACAUCUCGGCCCAUGUUCACAUCGAGGACCUGGACGUCUUCGGCCUCGCAG